CGGCUGGGGCCCGCGAUGGCGGGGGCCUGGCUCAGGUGGGGGCUCCUGCUCUGGGCAGGGUUGCUCGCGUCCUCGGUGCACUGCCGGGUGCGGAGGAUCACGUACGUGGUGCGCCCGGGCCCCGGCCUGGCGGCGGGCGCCUUGCCCCUGGGCGGGCCCCAGCGCCCGCGAACCUUCAACGUCGCGCUCAACGCCAGGUACAGCCGUAGCUCGGCGGGCGCCGGGGCCCCCUCGGAGCGGACUCGGCGAACCAGCCCGCCCGGCGGCGCGGCCCUGCAGGGGCUCCGGCCGCCGCCACCGCCACCGCCAGAGCCGGCGCGUCCUGGGGGCUCCGGCGGGCAGCUCCACCCCAAGCCUGGCGGUCACCCGGCGGCCUCCCCGUUCGCCAAACAAGGCAGGCAAGCGGUGCGCUCCAAAGUGCCGCAGGAGACCCAGAGCGGCGGGGGCUCGAGGCUGCAGGUUCACCAGAAGCAGCAGCUGCAGGGGGUCAAUGUCUGUGGAGGGCAGUGCUGCCAUGGCUGGAGUAAGGCCCCUGGCUCCCAGAGAUGCACCAAACCAAGCUGUGUUCCUCCAUGUCAGAAUGGAGGGAUGUGUCUCCGGCCUCAACUCUGUGUGUGUAAACCAGGGACCAAGGGCAAAGCCUGUGAGACAACAGCUGCCCAGGACACCUCGUCACCAGUGUUUGGAGGGCAGAGUCCUGUGGCUGCUUCCUCCUGGGUCCCUCCUGAGCAAGCAGCAAAGCACACUUCAUCUAAGAAGGCAGACACUCUACCAAGAGUCAGUCCUGUGGCCCAGAUGACCUUGACCCUCAAGCCGAAGCCUUCAGUGGGACUCUCCCAGCAGAUACAUUCUCAAGUGACACCCCUUUCCUCACAGAAUGUGAUGAUUCAUCAUGGCCAGGCCCAGGAAUAUGUGCUCAAGCCCAAGUACUUUGCAGCUCAGAAGGUGAUUUCGGGAGAGCAGUCUACUGAAGGUUCAUUCCCUUUAAGAUUUGGACACGAUCAUGUGGCAGCACCUUUUCAGUUGAGUAACCACACUGGCCGCAUCAAGGUGGUCUUUACUCCGAGCAUCUGUAAAGUGACCUGCACCAAGGGCAGCUGUCAGAACAGCUGUGAGAAGGGGAACACCACCACUCUUAUUAGUGAGAACGGUCACGCUGCCGACACCCUGACAGCCACGAACUUCCGAGUGGUAAUUUGCCAUCUUCCAUGUAUGAAUGGAGGCCAAUGCAGUUCAAGGGACAAAUGCCAGUGCCCUCCAAAUUUCACAGGGAAGCUUUGUCAGAUUCCGGUCCAUGGUGCUAGCAUGCCUAAACUUUAUCAGCAUUCCCAGCAGUCAGGCAAGGCAUUGGGAACACAUGUCGUCCACUCAACACAUACUUUGCCUCUGACCAUGACCAGCCAGCAAGGAGUCAAAGUGAAAUUUCCUCCUAACAUAGUCAAUAUCCAUGUGAAGCACCCUCCUGAGGCCUCAGUCCAGAUACAUCAGGUUUCAAGAGUUGAUGGCCCAACAGGCCAGAAGGUAAAAGAAGCUCAACCAGGCCAGUCCCAAGUCUCUUACCAAGGACUUCCUGUCCAGAAGACUCAGACAGUCCAUUCCUCAUACUCCCACCAGCAAGUCAUUCCUCACGUGUAUCCGGUGGCUGCUAAGACGCAGCUUGGCCGGUGCUUCCAGGAGACUAUUGGGUCGCAGUGUGGCAAAGCGCUUCCUGGCCUUUCAAAGCAGGAGGACUGCUGUGGAACCGUGGGUACCUCCUGGGGCUUUCAUAAAUGCCAGAAAUGCCCCAAGAAGCCAUCUUAUCAUGGAUAUAAUCAAAUGAUGGAAUGUCUACAAGGUUAUAAACGGGUUAACAACACCUUUUGUCAAGAUAUUAAUGAAUGCCAACUACAGGGUGUGUGCCCUAAUGGUGAGUGUUUGAAUACCAUGGGCAGCUAUAGAUGUACCUGCAAAAUAGGAUUUGGGCCAGAUCCUACCUUUUCAAGUUGUGUUCCGGAUACCCCUGUGAUCUCUGAGGAGAAAGGGCCCUGUUACCGACUUGUCAGUUCCGGAAGGCAGUGUAUGCACCCCCUGUCUGUUCAUCUCACCAAGCAGCUCUGCUGUUGUAGUGUGGGCAAGGCCUGGGGCCCACACUGUGAGAAAUGUCCCCUUCCAGGCACAGCUGCUUUUAAGGAAAUCUGUCCUGGUGGAAUGGGUUAUACGGUAUCUGGCGUUCAUAGACGCAGGCCAAUCCAUCACCAUGUAGGUAAAGGACCUGUAUUUGUCAAGCCAAAGAACACUCAACCUGUUGCUAAAAGUACUCAUCCUCCACCUCUCCCAGCCAAGGAAGAGCCAGUGGAGGCCCUGACCUUCUCCCGGGAGCAGGGGCCAGGAGCGGUGGAGCCAGAAGUGGCAACUGUACCUCCUGAGAAGGAAAUACCUUCAUUGGAUCAAGAGAAAACCAAACUUGAGCCUAGUCAACCCCAGCUCUCUCCAGGCAUUUCCACUAUUCAUCUGCAUCCGCAGUUUCCAGUAGUGAUUGAAAAAACAUCACCUCCUGUGCCUGUGGAAGUAGCUCCUGAAGCUUCAACAUCAAGCGCCAGCCAAGUCAUUGCACCUACUCAAGUAACAGAAAUCAAUGAAUGUACUGUGAACCCUGAUAUCUGUGGAGCAGGACACUGCAUUAACCUACCGGUGAGGUAUACCUGUAUAUGCUAUGAUGGCUACAAGUUCAGUGAGCAACAGAGGAAAUGUGUUGAUAUUGAUGAAUGCGCUCAGGCCCAACACCUCUGCUCCCAGGGACGCUGUGAAAACACUGAGGGAAGUUUCUUGUGUAUUUGCCCAGCGGGAUUCAUGGCCAGUGAGGAGGGUACUAACUGCAUAGAUGUUGAUGAGUGCCUGAGGCCAGACGUCUGUGGGGAAGGGCACUGCGUCAAUACCGUGGGGGCCUUCCGGUGUGAAUACUGCGACAGCGGGUACCGCAUGACCCCCGGAGGCCAUUGCGAGGAUGUUGAUGAAUGUUUGACUCCAAGUACUUGUCCAGAUGAGCAGUGUGUGAAUUCUCCUGGAUCUUACCAGUGUGUUCCCUGCACGGAAGGGUUCCGAGGCUGGAAUGGGCAGUGUCUUGAUGUGGAUGAAUGCCUGGAACCAGAUAUCUGCACAAAUGGUACUUGCUCCAACCUCGAAGGAUCCUACAUGUGUUCAUGCCACAAGGGCUAUACCCCAACUCCAGACCACAAGCACUGUAAAGAUGUUGACGAAUGUCAGCAAGGGAAUCUGUGCAUAAACGGGCAGUGCAAAAACACCGAGGGCUCCUUCAGGUGUACCUGUGGGCAGGGCUACCAGCUGUCAGCAACAAAAGACCAGUGUGAAGAUAUUAAUGAAUGCCAGCACCGUCAUCUCUGCAGUAAUGGGCAGUGCAGGAACACGGAGGGCUCCUUCCGCUGUGUUUGUGACCAGGGUUACAGAGCGUCCGCCCUUGGAGACCAUUGUGAAGAUAUCAACGAGUGCUUGGAGGACAAUAGUGUUUGCCAGGGAGGAGACUGCAUUAAUACUGAAGGGUCCUAUGAUUGUACUUGUCCAGAUGGAUUCCAGCUAAAUGACAAUAAAGGAUGUCAAGAUAUUAAUGAAUGUGAACAGCCUGGACUCUGUGGUCCUCAUGGACAGUGUCUAAACACAGACGGUUCUUUUCACUGCGUCUGCGAGCAGGGUUUCUCAAUCUCUGCAGAUGGACAUACAUGUGAAGAUAUUGAUGAAUGUGUAAACAACACUAUUUGUGACAGUCACGGGUUUUGUGACAAUACAGCUGGCUCCUUCCGCUGCCUCUGUUAUCAGGGCUUUCAGGCCCCACAGGAUGGGCAAGGGUGUGUGGAUGUGAACGAAUGUGAGCUGCUCAGUGGCGUGUGUGGUGAAGCCUUCUGUGAAAAUGUAGAAGGGUCCUUCCUGUGUGUGUGCGUUGAUGAAAACCAGGAGUACAGCCCGAUGACUGGGCAGUGCCGCUCCCGGGCCUCGGCAGACUUAGAAGUAGAUCAACCCAAAGAAGAAAAGAAAGAGUGCUACUAUAAUCUAAAUGACGCCAGUCUUUGUGACAAUGUGCUGGCCCCCAAUGUCACCAAACAAGAAUGCUGCUGUACCUCUGGUGCUGGGUGGGGAGAUAACUGUGAGAUUUUCCCCUGCCCAGUCUUGGGGACUGCUGAAUUCACUGAAAUGUGUCCUAAAGGGAAAGGUUUUGUCCCCACUGGAGAAUCCUCUUACGAUGUUGAUGGCGAGAACUAUAAAGAUGCAGAUGAAUGCCUACUUUUUGGACAAGAAAUCUGCAAAAAUGGCUUCUGUUUGAACACUCAGCCUGGUUAUGAAUGCUACUGUAAGCAGGGGACAUACUAUGAUCCCGUCAAAUUGCAGUGCUUUGAUAUAGAUGAGUGUCAAGACCCCAACAGUUGUAUUGAUGGCCAGUGCGUUAAUACAGAAGGCUCUUAUAACUGCUUCUGUACCCACCCAAUGGUCCUGGAUGCUUCGGAAAAAAGAUGUAUCCGACCGACUGAAUCACAUGAACAAAUUGAAGAAACCGAUGUCUACCAAGAUCUGUGCUGGGAACAUCUGAGUGAUGAGUAUGUGUGUAGCCGGCCUCUUGUAGGCAAGCAGACAACAUAUACUGAGUGCUGCUGUUUGUAUGGAGAGGCCUGGGGUAUGCAGUGUGCCCUCUGCCCCAUGAAAGAUUCAGAUGAUUAUGCCCAGCUGUGUAACAUCCCCGUCACGGGACGCCGGCAGCCAUAUGGACAGGAUGCCUUGGUCGACUUCAGUGAACAGUAUGCUCCCGAAGCUGAUCCCUACUUCAUUCAGGACCGCUUUUUAAAUAGCUUUGAGGAGUUGCAGGCUGAAGAAUGUGGCAUCCUCAACGGCUGUGAAAACGGGCGCUGUGUCAGGGUGCAGGAAGGUUACACCUGCGAUUGCUUUGAUGGGUAUCACUUGGAUAUGGCCAAGAUGACCUGUGUUGAUGUCAACGAAUGUGAUGAGUUGAACAACCGGAUGUCUCUCUGCAAGAAUGCCAAGUGUAUCAACACCGAAGGUUCCUAUAAGUGUGUGUGUCUGCCCGGCUUUGUACCUUCCGACAAGCCAAACUACUGCACUCCAUUGAAUACCGCCUUGAAUUUAGAAAAAGACAGUGACCUGGAGUAAAAGUGAAGCCACAUAACCUAAGCCUGUAUACUCUGCACUGUGUAAAGGAGAAAGAGAAAUGUAUUAUACUUCAGACAUUUCACUUGACCCAGAAUGUUGGAAAUAUGGAAACAUCAUAGAGUUGUAUAUCCUCAGAAGCGAAAGGAUUCAGUGUGAGCCUGACUUGUGUGACAGACCAAAUGGACAUUUCUCUGAAAAAACAGUAUAUAUAGUCUGUUCAUAUGUAAAAUUCAGUGGAAAAGAGGCAGAACAGUGCUAUUAUUUUAAACAGAAGGUUGUAUUAUUAUGUUUUUUGUUUUGAUAUUUUUUACUAUUGCUUGAUUAAAUCUGGCAUUUAAAUAGUGGUGGAAAUAUUUUAUAUAAUUUUCAUUUUUUGGUUAUGCAGUUCCUUGGCUACUGUUUCUCUCUUUCAAAUGUCAAGUGCAAAAGCCUUUGAUAAAAUAUUGUUUAAACUAAACUAUUAUAAGUAUUGUUACACAGGGUUAUGCUAUUCCUGGUCUGGAACAUUUUUAAAAUCCAAAUUGUCCUGUGGAGCAGGCAGUGAUUGAUUGUUUCAAAACUUUUAUACACAUUUGGAGAAAAGUACUUUAUAUUUACAAUGUGGUAUCUGAUUUUAAUGUCCAUUUUUAGCCAAGCUGCUGGUAGGUGUUAAUUGGAUCCCUUUCCUACAAUGAAAUGGAAGAACUAAUGAGCUUACAUUAGUAUUAUAAUGUGUAAAGUAGGACCAGCAAAUUUUAAAACUUGAUGAUCCCAAUAUAUUUACCAUUGUAUGUUAAAGCAAAAUAAAUCACCAUUUUUUUAGAAAAUUUCUACAUCCGAGUAAUGUCAAUAACCAUAUGCACACAAGUUGUUCCCGACCACCCCACUCUAUCAAUGGUCUUCUAUGAAUGUAGAGUCUUUUACAGGUUAAUUAUUACAUUUGUUAGAUACUGUUAUGGGUGGAAUUGUGUCCCCAGAUUUCAUGUUGAGUCAUGUCCCCUCAGUACCUCAGACUAUGACUGUAUUUUUAGAUGAGAUAAUUAAGGUUGAAGAAGGUCAGCAGGGUGGGCCCUAAUCCAAUAGGACUGGUGCUCUUAUAUGAAACUAGGACAUACACAGGAAGAUCCUGGGACAGCACAGGGGGCCAACAGCCAUCUACAAGCCAAGGAGAGAGGCCUAAGAAGAAAAUUCUGUAAUACCUCGAUCUUGAACUUCUAGCCUCCAGAAUUAAAAAUAAAUAAAUUUAAGCCACCCAGUAUGUGGCACUUUGACAGCCUUUGGUAAAUGAAUACAGGUGCAUAACAUAGGAAGAAUAGCUUUCAAUGUUCCAAGCCUUACUUAAUACAAAUCUACAGUCACACAGUUGUCUUAUUUAACCUGAAUUUCAGGAUCUUUUUUUUUAAGACUUUUUUGAUGUGGACCAUUUUCAAAGUCUCUAUUGAAUUUGUUACAAUAUUGCAUCUGUUCCAUGUUUUGGCUUUUUGGCGUGAGGAAUGUGGGAUCCCAGCUCCCCAACCAGGGAUCAAACCCGCAGCCCCUGCAUUGGAAGGCGAAGUCCCAACCACUGGACCACUGGGGAAAUCCCUCAGAAUCAUUUUUAAUAAGAGCAUCUGAGUUUUCAAAAACAAACCAUGGAUAGGCAUACUCAGCAGAAAAUAUCCCCAUUUAACAUUUUCUUGUAAGACAGGCUUUUGGAUUUUAGUAUCUGCCAUAGGAGGAAUGGGACAUCUAAAAUGUCCAUGUCCUCUACCACCAAGAGUCCUAUGACCGGGCACCAACCACUGUCCCUGCCUUCCCAGGAUCUUGCACGGGCCGUGCAACUGCACACCCCGUGUCAAGGGGAUAAUGGCCAGCACACGGUAAGGAAAGAGACACCCAAACUAAAAGCAGCUCUCACACCAAAAAAAUAUUAAACCCACACAAGCUACACAGGGACACUCCCACUUAUAAAUAGACCUCCAAGAUUACAGUAGAUAAUUGUUUCUCCUCAACUCACAGAGUAAGAGAAAUACAGUAUAAGCAAAAUGAAGAAGCAGAGAAAUCACUCUCACUUAAAAGACCAAGAGAAUUCCCCUGAAGGAACAAACAAUGCAACAGACCUCUUCAGUCUAAUAGACACCGAGUUCAAAAAGGAGGUAAUGAAAAUACUGAAGGAAUUAAGAAAGGCUGUCAACAGAAAUGCAGAUUACUGUAAAAAGGAAUUCGAAAUUAAGGUGGAGCCAAGAAAAAUUAGAAAAUUCAUUUGCCAAGACAAAAGCUGAGCUCAAGGCAAUGAAUAGCAGGAUGAAUACAUUAAGUCCCCUACAUACGAACCUUCAAGUUGCCAACUUUCCAAGAUGUGAACAUGCGUUCCAUCAACGUCAGGUGUGAAUGAAAUUGCAGCUUGCCCUCUGUCUCCUAUUGCUGAUGAUCCUUCGGCUCUACCAUCUCCCACCUCCUCUCCCUCCUCCAGUCAGUAACUCUUCUUGCCUGUUCACUCAACACCAGCCCCUGUAUGCCAGCUGUUGUACUGUACUACUGUACUUCUCAAGGUACUGUACUGUAAGAUUAAAAAUGUUUUAUUUU